AUGGAGAGAUUCAAGAAGCUCCAGCUGCCUGCGUUCUCUAAACUAAAUUCUGAGGCAAUGCAAUCGGAAAGGUGGAUUAGCGCCUUGGAGAAAGCAUUUGACGUGCUCGAAUGUAUGGAUGCGCAGAAACUGAUAUGUGUUGGAUACCAGCUAGAAAACGAGACUGAAGCAUGGUGGAAGGCAACAAAGCCUAACUUGGAAGCGGUUCAUCCCAAUCCCACCUGGGAGCAAGACAAGAAGGAAGCCGAGUUGUCUGCUCUCGUGCAAGGAUCAAAGACCAUGCUGGAUUACAAGCAACAAUUUGAAGAUUUAUUUCAUUUUGCCCUGGAACAUAUGAAAGAGGAAGCCAACAAAAUAAAGAAGUUUGAAAAAGGACUCAAACUGGAGAUCGGGUCUAUUCUGUCGGUCCUAGACAUUCAGGACUACACUCAAAUGGUCGACAAAGCGAAGACUAUGGAGGACAGAUUGAAGGAGGAGGCUACAGCAUUGCCUAGUUCAGGCAAAAGGCCAAACAACUAUCAGAAUUUUGGAUGGCCAAACAAGGCUUUUCGAGGAGCUAGCUCGAGCCCCAACCCAACACAAUAUCGACGGCAAGAUGUGGGCCAAACCCCUUUCUACUCCACUUACAGCAGGCCUGCCCAGCCCACUACAAGCUAA